AUGAAACUUGUCUACGGAGGUGUCCAAGAGCUGACCUCGAGCUUGGCGGAGCUUACUCAGUUAGAGGUUCAGGAGUGCAGUCAGAUAACAGCUGUGGAGGAGAGUCUUCUUGGAAAGCAGUCUGCUCUUGAUCAGCUCACUGUAGAGGGAGAGAGGCUGCAAGAGAAAUGGGCUGCUCAGGCAGGCACCGAGCAGCUUCAGGAACUAGAGACAGCUGUGCAGAACCAGAAUGAUACCAUUUAUCAGCUGACAGCAAAUUUACAGCAGGCCAUUGAGAAUAGAGAUGAGGUUCAACAGGAAGCCUUGAAGCUAACGAAUCAAAUCCAAGCUUUACAGCUGCAGCAGGCAAGUGAACUCCUAAGGACCAAAAGCCCUGGUUCAGUGGAGCUUGCCCAGGCCCAGCAACAUAUGCAGGUCUUUCAGCUCUGUUUGAAGGACCAGAGCCUGCACCUUGAAACUCUUGAGCAGAAGGGACAAGAACCGGAGCAGCAACUAGAGGACUCUCGUGAGAGUGCCAAGGAUAAAGAAAAUCUGCUUAUUUACAUGACAAAUAAGCUAAAAAAUACAGAAGCCCAGCUAAAUAAAAUAACUGAUGAAAAAGAGGAACUGACUCAGAAACUGGAUCGUACCAUGUCUCAGUUACACCAUACACUUUCACUCCGGGACAAGGAGAUCCUGGAGUUAAAGAAUUAUAUGCUAGCUUUGACUGCAAACCAAGAGCAGCAUUCAAUUGGGCUUCAACACCGGGGUACAGAGCUUUGCCAUAAUGAGAAACUUUCUAGAAAACUAGAAGAGCAGAUGGAGGAAUUUCAGAGGGAGAGAUUGGAAAUGGAGGACCGGCUGAAGCACUUGCAGGAGGAGCUGAAUCGAGUAGAAUAUCAAGCCCUGCAGUACAAAACCGAGAAGGAGAAGCUGAACGGGGACAUUUCCAAGCUCAACACCAUCAUUGAGGACCUGAAUGGAAAGCUGACAGACGAAGAGGAGGCUGGUAAGCAUUGGAGGGCAAAGUACCAAGUAGACAUAUCCAGCUACAACAUGCAGCUGCAGGCACUGGAUCAGGAGAAAGAGGAGUUGCUGAGCAAGCAUGACGAGGAGAUCCGUCUGCUUCGAGAGCAGCUGGAAUCCCAGCAUGAUGACAGAGUGGUCUGCUACAAGCAAGGAAUAGGGAACCUCAAGGAGAACCUGAACAAAGUCAAAGCUAGAAAAGAUCAAGUAAAGCAUGAAGCCACUGAUGAAUCACAAGGGGAGGAAUUCACCUUGGAGUUAGCGAGUCAUGCAGAGGAAGGUAAUAUCCUGAUGGACAAAUACCUGGCUUCAAGGGCUGAGGGCAGGCUAGAAGAUCAAAGCAGUAAUGGUCAUUCUGAUCAUUAUAGGUUUGUGUUAGAUAGUGAGAUUCCUGGACAAAAAAUGUCUGGGUCAACCAAAGAUUACCUUGAGAGGUCUGCGGAUCUAACUGGCCAGUCUUUUCCUGAUGGCGAUGUGGAUAAACUGGAAGUUCAGACUCUGUUUGGCUGCCAACUAGCUGCUCUACAAACUCAGCGUGACCAGCUUCAGACGCAGCUUAAAGCCCAGAAAGCUAAAAGCCAAACUACGUCUGAGCUGCUCAGUCAAAAAACCUUACUUGAGGAUUCUUUGUGCAAAGAGCUUAAUUUGCUCAAAACUGAGUGUUGUGAGAGAGAGGAUCUUCUGAAGAAUCUUGCAGAAGAGAAAGCGGACUUGGAAUCAAAACUGUUGUGCAUCAAACAAAAUCUACUGAAUGCAGAUGAAGCACAGAAUCAGAACUCCAGAGAGAAGAUUCUCCUGGAGCAAAAUGUUUCAGAGUUGGAGAUCAAGGUAAAUAACUUGGAAAACGUUCUGGAGUCAGAAAGGCAAGAUCUAGGAAAGCAGCUGAAGAGCAAGAGUCUUGAUCUGCAAACGAUUGAAGUGGAGUAUCUUCAAAAGGAAAGUGCUUUGAAAACAGAGGUUGCUGACCUUAAAAAGUCCAUCACAGACUUGGUAAGAACUCGCAAUGAGGCAGUCGAGCCUCUCUGGCUGAAAGAGGCAGAGAAGCUGGACCAUGCGGUGAGGGCGGCUCAAGCAGAGCUCUGCAGGCGCUAUGAGGAAGAGAAAAGCGAGCUGAAGGAACACCAUCAGUCUGAGAUUAAAGAACUAAAUGAGGAAAUGGAGGAAAAGGUGACUGACCUGAGGACUGGACCGGAGGAAGAACAAAUGAAGCAGAUUGUUCUGAUUAAACAGGUGCAUGAGCAUGACUUUGAUCGCGAGAUUGCUAUCCUUGUUGAAAAACACAAGGAAGAGAUGAAACACCUGCAAGUAGAGCUGACCUCCCAGCAUCAGGAGCUGCUCAAUGACCUGAGAGAGCAAAUGGAUGAAGCACACCAAGCUGAACUUCACCAAACACAGCUGCAGGCCCAGAUUGAGAAAAAUCUAGAGCUGGAGGCUUUGCGGCUCAGCCUGACCAACUUGAACACAGCCCAGCUGGAGCUGUCCCAGUCCAACCUGCAGAGGGAGAAAGAAGCUGCGCUGAGUGAGCUUCAGGAAAGCCUCAAUAACAAGUGGGCGCAGGAGACCACAAUGCUGCAGACAUGCCAGCAGUUUGAACUGGAGCGAAUUAAAGUGCAACAUCGUGCAGUGACUGAACAGCUCGCACACAAACAUCUGCAGGAGAUGGAUGAAAUGAAGCAAGACUGGGUGUUGAAAGUGGCUGAAAUGAAAAGCCAGAUGGAUGAAAGACAUAGCCAGAAAAUAGAGGCUCUGUUGCAGGAGUGGGAAGACGAUGCCGAGAAGAGCCUUGUGGAUUUGCAGCAAAAGCUGUCUGAGAAACAGGCCGAGCUGGAGGAGCUGCAGGGCACCCAGGAGGCAGAGCGUGAGAGGCUGUUGGCUGAACUGAGCCGUCUGAUGGCCGACAAAGAACUGGCAGCAUCCAUGCUCAAGGACCUGGAAGAGCUGCACAGGACUUCGAUGGUGGAUCUCAAGGAAAGGUUACAUCAAGAGCAUGACCUUAGUGUUCAAGAACUGGGCACAAAAACUGAAGGAAAAGAAAAGGAACUGCGUAAAGAGUUAGAGAAGCUACAGACCAUGUAUGAUGAUCUAAAGGCACAUUCAGCACAGGAGAUUGAACACCUGUGGUCCCAGCUUGAGAACUCGCACACCAGCCAUCAGGAGCUGGGUGAGCUUAAAGAGCAGCUGUUGGCACGUACGUCUUGCAUUGAUGACAUUGAACAGUUAAAACAAGAGUUUGACCAGCAGCGCCUCGAUUUCUGGGCACAGAGUGAGAUUGAACUGGAGCACCUGAGGACUCGCUCUGAACAGAAACUGCUUGAAUCGGAGGACAGACACAAGGAGGAGAUUGCACAGCUGCAGCAGCGCCUAGAGGAGGGAGCGCUGGAGACUGCUGACACCAGUGCUCUUCCUGAGGAGAAACUGAAUGAGGAACGAACUGAUCUCCUAGGGGAGCUAACACAACAACUGGAACAACACAAGGAAGAGUUGGAGUCCGUUCGUGUACAGUUUGAAGAAAGACACAGACACGAGCUGAAAACCUUAAGAUCCUCCUUAUCCCUUCAGCACAAAGAAGAAUUACUACAAGUGAAAACUGAUCUUGCAGAUCGUUACUUCUCAGAAAUGCAAGAGUUAAGAACAAAGCAUUCGUUAGAGCUGGUGCAGUUGCGGGCUAAGCUGUCUGACAGCCAUAUCGAAGAAAUCACAAAGCUGCGUCUGCAGAGUGCCCAGGAGGCUGCCCGGCAGGUUGAGGAGGAGGUAAUAAACAGGGUUCACUCCCUGGAGGAGGAACAUCACGCUAAACUGUCGCAGAUGAAGUCUGAGCAAGAGCACAUUCAACAGCUGGAAGAACGCAUUGAGCAUCUUCAAGAAGAGCAUGCUGAAAACAUGAGGAGCAUCACUGCACAGCACAAACAGCUGCAAAAACAAAGCAUAGAACAGGUUAAACUAAACUUUCUGGAGGACCUUAAACUGAAAUUAGAUGAGGCUAAAACAGAAGAAGCUGAAAAGAUAGCUAAAGAGUUCUCUGAGAAGAAGGCCGAGGAGUUGGCGCUCCUGACAGUGCAGCUGCAAUCCCUUUGUGAAGAGAAGCUGUCUGCCCUGCGAGAGGAGCUCACCAGCCUUGCUGAGGGAGAGAGGCAGGCUCUGACGGAAGAGUUCCGAGCCAGAGAGCUGGAAAUGAAGCGUCUUCAAGCCGGUCAGGAAGUCGUGAUCACAGAGCUGGAGAAGGAGCUCAAGGAGGAACGCAACCGGCUCCAGGUGCUGCAGGACAGCCUGGAGAAUGAGCAGUCUCCUCAGAUCACACUGCUCAGGCAGAAGAUCCAAGCUCAGUGCGACGGUGAGCUCGCCACUGCUAAAGCCACCAUGGCAGACGAACUUAAACAGGUGAACGUAAACCUUCAGGAGCAGUCUGAAGUCAAACUGCAGGAGACACAGAGCAGGUUCACAAAAGAGAAAAAGGAGAUAACUGAAAAGCUCACCUUACAGCAAGAAACUCUUCUCAGGGAGCUGAAGGAAAGGCACGCAGAAGAACUGGAAGCCCAGAGCAAACAGAUAGAAGAGGACCAGAAACAGCUGUCAGAGCUCCAGCAGAGGCUCCAGGCCAGCAUGGAGACCCUAGAACAAGGUCUGAAGGAGGGGCACAGGGCUCAGAUGGAAGCCUUGGAGGCAGAGCUCCAGACUAAACACAAGACUGAGAUGGAGGAGCUGGAGGCCAGGCUUUUGUCUAAUAUGGACACCUUGGAAUCUACUUGCCUGUCAAAAAUCCAGUCCAUACAGGAUGAGCACUCGCGAGUCGUCCAGGAUCUGAAGUCCUCUUUUGACCUGACGCUGCAGAAGCACAGAGAGGAUCUCCAGAGAGAGAAGCAGGACGCUGAGGUGACUCUAGCUCAGGAGCUGGAAAGACUGAAGGGAGAGCACGAGACAGAGCUGAAGUCUAGCACAGAAGAGCUGAGGAAGGAACUAGCAGCAGUUUACAUGGAGAAAUUCAAAGCCAUGGUGGCCGAGUUGGAGGAAGCUCAUAAGGUGGAGCUGGAGGCUGCCUUGCAGUCUCAGAGGGGUGUUCUGGAGGCGGAGCAGGGCAAGGCGCUAGAUGUGCUGGGAGCAGAGGUGCUGAGGCUGGAGGAGCAGCAUCAGAGAGCCAUGCAGGAGCUCCACACCACAGAGGUGCUCAGGCAGCAGGACGAGUACAGCAGGCAACUGCAGCAAGAGAGAGACGAGCUGGAAGCAUUGCACCAAGAACAACAACAGGAGUGUUCCAGUGCCUCUGCUUCUGAAAUGGAGGCUGUCCAGGAACAGUUUGAGGAGGAGAGAUCUCGCCAGUACCGUCAGUUCCAGGAGGAGAUUGAGCUGCUCAAGUGCCAGUCAGAGGUGCUGCUGGAGCAGCAGAUAACACAGCUCAAGGAGGAGUUUGAAGCAGAGAAGAAAGCUGCACUGGAGAAACAUGAUGUAGAGUUUGCUGAAAAGCAUGAGCUGUCUGACAAGAAUUACAGAGAACUGAAGGACAAGUUAACUGCACAGAUCAGAGAGCAGGCAGCUGUGAUCACACAGUUAAAGGAAGAAGUUUCUGUGCUCCAGAAGGAGAUGGAGGAGAAAGAUUCUGAGCUGGAAACACUCCUACAGACAAGAGAGAGUGAGAACGAAGAGGGAGAAAACCUGAUAACCAUGCUGAGAUCUGACCUGAGCAGAAACGCAGAGGAACAAAAAAGUCUGCAGGAAGCUCAUGAGCGAGUAUUGAAACUCCUGCUAGAAGUUGCCAGGAGUACCAUUGCCACUGAAGAUGUUAUUAGUCAAAGAAUAGGCAUCUGCAUGGACAGUAGUCAGAUGCUUGGAGGAGAGAACCUUACUGUAUUGGGAGCAGCUGGACAACCUCAUCGAAAGAACCCAGCAGGCCAAGAGAAGGGUGACUUGCACAGUCCAGCAAGUGAAGCUGCCAAUGAAACCAGCCUUUGGUCAGUCCUGAGAGACGAAGGCUUUGAACUGGCCCAGCGACUGUCUGAGAGCAUCUUUACUGGCCCUGAGCUAGAGCCUGAGACCGAGCAGAUGAUCCUGGGAGUGUGCAAAGACCUCCGGAGCGCAGUGGAGAAACUGCUGGAUCUGGUCACAGAGUCCAACAGACAGCUGGAGCAGACUCACGGGAUCCACGUCCACCUGGAAGAGCAGUUCAGUCGUCAGAAGAAGGAGACUGCCCUCAUCGAGCAACUGGACCAGGGAACCAAGGUCAAAAAACAGCUGGAGCUGGAGCUUCACAAAGCAGAGGGGCUGAUUGAGGGCUAUGUGGUGGAGAAGGCUGCUCUAGAAGAAGCUCUUCAGCAAAAGGAGGAUUCUGAGCAAUGCCUGGUCCUGGAGCUGGAGACACUGAGGGGACAGUUGCAUGAGCUGAAUGAGGAGCACAACCUGCUCAUCCGCCAGAGAGAGGCCAUCACUGCCAACAUGGGGGACCACGAGACUGGUCUGCUUGCGGAAGCGGACCUCCUGGCGAAGGAGAAGCUGGAUCUGCAGUGCCAAGCGGAGAAGGACCGCUCCAACCUCACUUCCCGAUUGAAGCUCCUAGAGACUGAACUGGAGGAGCAGAUCAGCCACAACCUGGAGCUGGAGCAGAAGCACAGGCUGGAGCUGGCUGACCUGCAGCAGCAGAUCCUGGCGCUGGAGAAGCAGCUGCGCAAUGAUCGACACUUCAUAGACGAACAAGCGGUGGAGCGUGAGCACGAGAGGGAUGAAUUUCAAAUUGAAAUUAAGAAACUAGAAGCCCAGCUAAGGAAUCCAAUGAAAUCUAAUACCGGAGGAGACUACAAGGGGCAGAAGGUGGAGACGCUGCAGGCUACGAUCAAGGAGAAAAUGGAUGAUUACAACACCCUCCUGCUGGCCAAGGAGCAGUACGUGAGAGACAUCAAUGAGCAAAAUGAAGAGAUUGAGAAAAUGGCAGCCCGAAUCUGCGCGCUGGAAGAGGCUGCACUGAGCAACGCUGAGGCAGCAAAGAAAGUGAGCCAGCUAGAACAAGAACUGCAGCAGAUGAAGAAAAUGGAGCAAGAACAUCUUCAGGAUAAGGAGGCUUUACAGCAGAAGCAAUAUUCUAACCGGCUGCAGAUCUCUGCUUUGCAGUCUGAACUAGAUGAGACCAGGCACUGCUUCCCAGAGAACAGCUCUGACCAGGUGCUGAAGGAGCAGCUGGAGGCAGAGCAAGAGGCUCUACUCCACACAGAGGAAGAGGUUGAAAUGCUCGCUGAUCAGCUGGAUCAGUUUCAGAAGGACUUGGUGAACAAAUCGGAGGAGGUGCUGCAGCUCAACAUGCAGCUGGAGAUUCAGAUGAAGCAGAGUGCUGCCAGCAUCGACAGGGUGCAGGAGGAGCACAAGCAGUUACAGGCACUGAUGGAGGAAAAGAACCAAGUAAUCGACCAUCUCAACGAACAGCUCUUUCGGCUACAGCAGGAACUGGAGAAUACAAACAACAAGGUUCUGGAGGAGAAGAAUGUAGAGAUGGAGGAUCUGCGGUCUCGGAUCGAGCACCUCCACGGAGAUCAGGAACGCCUGCGCAGGGACAAGGACGAGGAGGUGGAGCAGCUGCACGAGGUCAUUGAGAAGCUGCAGGAGGAGCUGGCCCAGCUGGGGCCCAACCGCCAUGAGGUCAGCGACUCCCAGGACAGCCUGGAGCAUGAGCUGUGGCAGCACCCCAGCCAAGAAGAUAGCCUGCAGAAGGAACUGGCCAGCGAGCACCUGCAGUCUUCCAAGGCAAGGCUGAGAGAGCUGGUGGGGCAGCUCGAUCUCGCACGCACGGAGAAAGCAGAAGUUCAGCAGCUGCUACAAAAGCAAGAAGCGCAUUUCCGGUCAGAGGCAGAGAAGCUGGGGAUGAACCUUCACAAUGAGCGGAAGCAGCGCUCCGUCCUGCUAGAGGAGUCUGUCCUGCUGAGAGCCAGCCUCUCACAGAGGGAAGCAGAGGUGGGCAUGCUGUCCACCCAGGCUCAGGAACUUGAGGACAUCCUGAGAGAAAGGAAGGCUCAGCUUCUAGAGACAGAGACGCAAGUGAAGACCCUGGAGGUGCAGAGAGUGGCCGAGGGGGCAGAUCUGGCGGCUGAGCUGAGCAAAAAGCAGGAGGAGUGUGAGGAGCUCCACAGUCUGAAGUCUCUGCUGGACUCCCAGCUGCAGGAUCUGAAGCAGGCAGAGGUAAAGAACCAGGCAGAUAUCGAGAAGCUGCAGGCUGAGGUGGUGAAGCUGGAAGCUGUCAUGAAGGACAGCCAGGUGGAAAUUCUGACUCUAAGCUCAGAGAAGUCCUCCGAGUGCCAGGCUCUUCAGCUGAAUGUGGAAUGUCUCCAGGGAGAGGUUGAAAGGUUGAAGAUGGAGGUUGAGGAGAAGAGCACUCUGGUACAAGCGCUGAGUGUGCAGCUUGAAGACAAGUCAGCAAGGAAUGCUGAAGCACAGAAAGAAGUGCUGAGCUGUGCUGAAGAAAUAAUGCUGCCUGAAGCAGGGUCUGCCCUGAAGGAGAAAGAGGAGGCCCUGAGAGACCAGCAGCCACUGCUUCCUCAGCUGAGGACAGAGCUAUCUGCUGUGCAGGAGGGGCUGAGCUGCAGCACAGAGAAGACAGAGAGGCUCCUGGAGGAGGGACAGGGAAAAGAUCGAUCCCUUGCUGACCUGGAGAGCCACAACGGAAGUUUAAAAUCAGAACUGAGAAAGCUCCAAGAAGAUUUCACGAAGCAAGAGGAGGAGCUGUCGCACCUGAAGAAUGAAGUGGAGGAGCCGAGAGCUCAGUAUGGAUUCCAGGCACAUCAGCAGUGUAAAGAACAGAGCAGUACAAUGAAACCCGAGGAACGCUCCAGCCAGACCGGCCCGGGCACACAGCAUGGCUUGUACAGCUUCUCCGACGAGAGCUCUCUCUGCUCCCCUGAGCGUAUGAGGAAAUAUGAUGCCAGCAUAGAGCACACGCAUGGGUUGCAUUCCACCCACCUCUCUGCGCUCUGCACUCUGCACAGCACUGGGCUGAAUCACCUGCACAGCAAAUCCCCUGGUCUGGACAGGGACUGCUCAGAGCCCAGUGAUCACAUCACCUGCAACAGUGAGGCGCACAGCAGCCGCUCGGCAUCAGCAUCUCCACCCUUCUCCGAGGGCACUUACUCCAUCCUGGACUCGAUUGACACGGAAAAGGCAAAAGCUCUUGAAAACCUCGACUUGACUCAAUCAGCCUCUCCUGGUUGCACAGAAUCAACACUUUCUGUACAGGAGUGGGUCAGCGAUGGAUAUGUAAGCAAUGCAAGCUCAGAAUUGGGGGCAAAACUGAAAUUGGAGCUGGAAACUACAGAACGCUUGGAUGCUAAUUUUGUGGAGUAUCUGCGGCAGCGUGGCAUGUCACUUGCUGACAACCCUGACAGGCCAGCAGAGUUUUCACUGGGGAGUGAGGACAUGCUUUCUCUUGAGCUACAGAGCUUGUUGAAGGAGGUUUAUGAAGAGGGUUGCCGAGUGCGUGCUCUUUCUGAUCGGGCCGGUUCGGUUUCCCUGCCGGUCACCACGCCUCUGACCAGCACACUGUCUGACAGCUGGCUGAAGGAGAAACGGGCUCUACAGAAAACCAUACAAUCUCUUGAAGAGCUCCUUUCCAAAACGAUUGAUAAAGGAGACGCGGAGGCUGCUAAUCGAGACAGCGACUGGAGAAGAGAGCUGCUCCAGGCAGUGCGCAGUAUGUUUAAUGAGAGGGACUGGCUUCGUGCAGAGCUGCAGUCCCACCUGUGCAGCCAGGGGUCUGUGGACAUGAGCAUCCUGAUUGAAAGACUGGAGAGCAUUGUUAAAGAACAGGAUGAGCAGCAGCGCGUGGCCCUGGAGCAGCUCCUCUCUGCAGAUGGGAGCAGCUUGCUUUCAGAGAUCCAGAGCCUGCAGGCCCAGCAGAGGAUCUCCCACCUGCAGAACCAGGAGCAUCUGCAGCAACUGCAGGUCUCUCUAACCGCUGCUGAGGAGCAGGCCAGCAAGCGGGAGCAUCAGGUCUGCAGACGAGUGGAACUGCUGGAAUACAAGCUGCAGCAGGAGCAGGCAAUAGUAAAUGCUUUGCAGAAAUCCCUCAGAGCAGAGCAGGCACAAUCAACUGAACAGCGAUCCCGCCUCAAGUCUGAACAGGAUGCAGUUACAGACCUCAAACGGGAGCUGUCUGACACUAAUCAGGAGCUGGAGAGGUCCUUGAAGGCUCAGCAAGAGCUGCAGAAGGAGAUCAGAAAAUUGAGGGCUAACUUAGAGAGCCAGGAAGCUGACCUUUGCUCAACUGUGGAGAGUCUGGAGAAGGAGCAGCAGAGAAUGAAAGAGAUCCAGGAUGUCCUGGAUCAGGAAAGACUCAAGAACAUCCAGAGGAACGAUCAGGAAGGGCAGACACAUGAGUUACUGCAGACAUCUCUGGAAGACCGAACUAUCCAGAACAGCCAGCUGUGCAGCGCUCUGGAGCAGGAGCGGAUUGCUAACAGCAAACUGCACAAGGAGCUGCAGUCCCGCUGCGAGGCCCUCCUCUCCCAGGAGUGCAGCAAGGUUGGUGAGGUACAGCGGCUCCUCGAUAUCGAGAAGGGGCAUACAACAGAGCUGCGUGACAGCCUAGUCCACGAGCAGCAUUGUCUAGCCCAGGAGUACAAGCAGAGGCUGGAAGAGGAGGCUCUUCACAGGGAGGGGGUGGCCGCUCAGGAACACAACUUCAUCCAGCUACUGCAAGGACAACUGGACCAGGAGAGGGGGCUCAACGUGGAGCUGGCAGUCAUGAUGGAGAAGACCCAGCAGCAGGCCAUCCAGGCCAAGAGACGGCUGGAGACAGGAGUUGAGCAGAGCCGUGAGGAGGCGCAGAGAGAGCACGAUACAGCUGCCAAGCUCUGCACUGUCUUGGAGACCCUGCAGACCCAGAAACAAGAGUUGGAGCACAGCCUGGAGGCAGAGAGGCAGCAGGGGGCCUGGCUGCAGGCUGAUGUCGAGCAGCUUCAGGGGAAGAUCCAGUCCGUAAAGCAGAAGGAGAGGAGCAGGGAGGCGCAGAGAAGGCAAGAUCACCAGGCACUUGCUGAGAAAGACCGCCGACACGAGAGGGACAGUGAGAAACUGCAUGAGAUGGAGCUGCAGCAUCAAAGAGACCAGCUGAGGAUCAGAGAGCUACAGCAGACCCUCGCGGAACUGGAGGAGCAGGAGCAAGACCACUCUUCUGGUAAACAGCAGCAGCAGACUGAUGUCCUGGACACGGGCCGCAGCUGCUUCUUCCCCCAGUCUCUGGACACGGAGAGCUUUAUCCUUCACCAGCAGCAUCUGCAGUUCAUACGACAACAGCUACAGCUGGCCACUCUCAGACUAAAAGACUUGGUGCACAGUUCUACUGCUAGGACUGUGGAUGGUCGCAGCUAUGCUGAAGAUGAGGAUAUGAAGUUCUUGUUGAGAACACUGACUGGGCUGGACAAUGAUUUAAUUAAUCUAUGCUCAAGUACACACAGACCGGUACACACCUCAUCAGUCAUUGCUGAGCGUUUGCUGAAGGAGAAUGCAGACCUGACUACUUGUGUGGCAGCUUUGACCGAAGAAAAGAUUGACUUGAAACGUACCAUAUCCAAACUGGAAAAGGAAUUACUAAUUCACAAGCAAAGACGGGGAGGGAGUGAACAGGUAAAAUCUCAAGAGAUGGUUUAUUCAGCUCAUUUCUCAGAGAAGGCUGCCUGGCAGAAGGAAAGAGCCUUCCUGCACAGUGCCCUCAAAAAGGCAGAGUCUGAGCUCUCAAGAGUGACAGCCGAGAUUGAAAACAGGCCUCUGGCUGCUGAUGUCUCCCACACUAAGAUGAACCGUCUGUAUGGGAGGUACAUGAGAGCAGAGAGCUUCAGGAAGGCUCUGGUGUACCAGAAGAAAUACCUGCUGCUCGUCUUGGGUGGAUUUCAGGAUUGUGAGCAAGCAACCCUGUCCCUUGUUGCCAAAAUGGGGGUGUAUCCCUCCACGGCUGACCUCCGGGACUCCACACCGCGUUCCCUACCCAUCAACAAGUUCAGAUCUGCUGUCAGAGUUGUCAUCGCUAUAUCUAGGCAAGUCUAAACGUGUGCUGUAAACAGUCAGCCACUAAGAUUGAAAAUGGAAGUUGCUUUUUUUUUCCCA